GCCAUCUAGCGGUGACGCUGCGCAGUACAGACGGGCCGUCUCUUACGUCACACGACAAUAAGGAAGUGGCGGGCAAACAAAACAGCACGAGGACAGGUGGAUUCUCUGUUUGUGGCGCGUUGGUCCUUCUUUUCAAACAGUCGCGGACACUUCAGACUGAAACAACACGUUCUGGAAGUGAAAUGGCGCCUCCACUGGCGAGAUGCCUCAGAUGAUGUCUCCGAUUGUGGUCGUUCUUUGGUAGUUUUUGUAAGAACGCUCCAUGGAGACAUAUUCAGUCCUGAGGGUGAUCGGUGAGGGAUCUUUCGGCCGGGCUUUGUUAGUCUGUUGCAAAAACACUCAGGAGAAUUAUGUGCUGAAAGAAAUCCAGCUGUCCAAGAACCGGUCUAAAAUGGAGAAUUCAAGGCGAGAAGCCGUGUUGCUGUCCAGAAUGAAACAUCCAAACAUUGUGGCCUUCAGGGAGGCCUUCGAGGCUGAUGACCUCCUGUCCAUUGUGAUGGAGUUCUGCAGCGGAGGAGACCUGCUCCAGAGGAUCCGGCUGCAGAAAACUAUGCAGUUCUGUCUUGAUGAUAUCUUGAGGUGGUUUGCUCAAAUGUGUGCUGGUGCAAAGCAUAUCCACGAUAAACGGGUUUUGCACAGAGAUCUGAAAUCCAAGAACAUUUUCCUGACAGAUAAUGGGACAAUCAAGCUCGGGGACUUUGGCUCGGCGUGUAUUCUGAACAGCUCGAAGGCUUACGCUCAUACUUACGUUGGGACCCCGUAUUAUGUGGCUCCUGAAAUCUGGGACAAUAAGCCAUACAACAAUAAGAGUGAUGUGUGGUCUCUGGGCUGUGUUCUCUACGAGCUCUGCACCCUGCGACACCCGUUCCAGGCCUCCAGCUGGAAGAGUCUGAUUUUGAAGGUGUGCCGGGGCACGUACCCUCCCCUCCCCAAGCACCUGCCCUACGAGCUGCAGUAUUUGGUCAAGCACAUGUUCAAGACCAACCCAAAAGACCGGCCGUCCCUGCACACCAUCCUGACCUCUCACCGGGUCUCCAAACUCCUGCGCUCACAUUUCCCCUCCCAGGUGAUGGAGGCGGAGGAGCAGAGGAGGCGGUCGGGUGGAUGGAACAGAGAGGAGGGGAAGAAGGUGGCUCAUCUUCUGGGCGAGAAAAGUUUAAUGAGAACGUCAACAUGUGAAGGCGUUGAGAUCUCAGAGAAACGCGGUGGAAGCACAAGGCCCAGCCAUCGAAAGCAGUGGGCGACUGAGCCGUCAGACACCGUGCUGCAGGUGUUGGCCAACGCCAGCCUCGUCUCAUCGGACAGCAUGGCAUCGACCAGCCAGACCCUCGGAGGAUCCGCUCAUGGAGAGGACACCAGGAAGAGGAGACAGUGGGAGAAGGAUCCUCCUGAAAGGCUCCUGAAAGUGUUGGAGAAGGCCGAGCUGAGCAGAGCCUUCAGCACUUUUUUAAUUAACAGAGGAGAUGACAACCUGCUGGUGGGACCUCUCUCUGAGCCGCAGGGUGACGACACUGACGGUCCUGAGCUGGAAGUGGUCCUGGACGAGGAACGACUGGAGCCGCGCUCUGAUGACGAGGACACAGACUUUGAGGAAGAAUCUCCGUGUAACUGGAUAGAUGAAGUUGAAAGAAUGUUUUCAGAGCACUAAAGCCUCGCUGCUUCCUCAGCUCACACAAUCGCAGCACAUUAUUAAUGCAUACAAAGGUUAUUAUCCAGGUUUAAUUUUUUAAGUUUACAGAAAUCCACUAAAGCUCAAGCAGUAACAGAGACACUAUGUUUUUCGGUUUGUUUGUAUGUUUCAAGCAAUGUGCAGUUUUUAUGUUCUUGAUCCCUUUAAAAGAUAUAUAAACCUUUUAAUUUAAUAUUGUGCAACUUCCUCUCACUGUUUCUUUUACAUAAAAAUCCUUGAGACGUGUCUGUGUCCUGU